UCAAUGACACACAGGGGGCGGCAUCAGUGGUUAAAAAAUAAAAGAAAUUAAAAUAAUCUGCGCCCCAAAAGCGGUUUCCCAUCAGCUGUCAUGUCUCUGCGUAGAGGAAUCAGCGCCUUUAUUAUUAAAAUCCAGAUAAAUGGCUGCAGUCUGUGGCAGAAAGAGGACAGAACGUGGGAAAGUUCAGCAGGCAUGAAUACUUCUGUAACAGCCUGCAUCAUGUGAGUCCUGAUUGGUCAGGAAGGUUUGAUUCUGGUCCAGAAAGCGGACUGCAGGCUGGUCCUGGAUCAGGGUCUAACACAGAGAACCAAGAACAAAGAGCCUGCAGCCUUCAGAGUUACAGAACGUCAUCAGGAUGAAGGUUCCUCUGAACAGAAGACAGAAGAGUCCACAAUGUUUCAGCGAGGAUCCAAGCCGCCUUCAGCUGUCAGAGCAAACACCUCACGCUGGACAAAAACCAGAGAAAACUACAAAACUACAACUCCCAGUGGUCAUGUGACCGUCUCAUGCAACAUCUGGGCGUUGCCAGCCAUUUCCUGUUUGCGCCUUUAGCCGCAGACUCUGCAGGUUUUUACUCCUCUCUGAAUGUCAGGACUGCUGCCUGGAGGUCUGGUAGGACCCACCUCCACCCACCAGGGCUACACACACCUGGUGUAACAUCUGGAGCUCCUGGAGGACAUCAGGACCUGACCGUGUCUCCUUUCCUUCCUCCUGUCCCUCAGGUACAGAUGCUCGGCUGAUGCCACCUCCUGCUGCUGGUCUCUGAAGAGCGCUGAGUCCAUGGAGCCUCCGCUGCAGUUCGCCGGGAACAGAACCUGUCCCGCCCCCAGCUGCUCGUCCAGCACUGAGUCCAUGGAGCCACCGCUGCAGUUUGCUCUAACAAGGGAGGACCAGCAGAGCCCAGAGGUCCCCAGAGGUUCGUCAGCCCAGCAGCAUCAGACACAGCUGGACUCCAUAUUUAUGCUGCUGGAGGACAACAUGGUCUCUUUUGUGAAGAACGAGCUGAAGAAGAUUCAGAGGGUUCUGAGUCCAGAUUACCCAGAAUCCUCAGAGAGUCGGUGGGAGGAUGAGGAGGUGUUGGAGGGGGAGGAUGAAGAGCAGAGGAGGAGUAGCAGAGAGGCUUUUGUGAAGAUCACCCUGAACUUCCUGAGGAGGAUGAAGCAGGAGGAGCUGGCUGAGCAUCUGCAGAGCAAACUGGUUCCUUCAUCUAGCCAACUUAACCUCAAAAACACCUUGAAGAAGAAGUUCCAGUGUGUGUUUGAGGGCAUCGCUAAAGCAGGAAGUCCAACCCUUCUGAACCAGAUCUACACAGAGCUCUACAUCACAGAGGGAGGGACUGGAGAGGUCAAUGAAGAACAUGAGGUCAGACAAAUUGAAACAGCAUCCAGGAAACCACACAGACCAGAAACAACCAUCAGACUAGAAGACAUCUUUAAAGUCCCACCUGGAGGAGAACAACCAACCAGAACAGUGAUGACAAAGGGAGUUGCUGGCAUUGGGAAAACAAUCUUAACCCAGAAGUUCACUCUGGACUGGGCUGAAGACAAAGCCCACCAGAACAUCCACUUCAUAUUUCCAUUCACCUUCAGAGAGCUGAAUGUGCUUAAAGAGAAGAAGUUCAGCUUGGUGGACCUUGUUCAUCACUUCUUUACUGAAACCAAAGGAAUCUGCAGCUUUGAACACUUCCAGGUUCUGUUCAUCUUUGAUGGUCUGGAUGAGAGUCGACUUCCUCUGGACUUCCAGAACCAGCAGAUCCUGACUGAUGCUACAAAGUCCACCUCAGUGGAUGUUCUGCUGACAAACCUCAUCAGGGGGAAACUGCUUCCCUCUGCUCGCCUCUGGAUAACCACACGACCUGCAGCAGCCAAUCAGAUCCCUCCUGAGUAUGUUGGCAUGGUGACAGAGGUCAGAGGGUUCACUGACCCACAGAAGGAGGAGUACUUCAGAAAGAGGUUCAGAGACAAGAGUCAAGUCAAUAAGAUCCUCUUCCACAUGAAGACAUCAAGAAGCCUCCACAUCAUGUGCCACAUCCCAGUCUUCUGCUGGAUCACUGCGACGGUUCUGGAGGAUGUGUUGGAGACCAGAGAGGGAGGAGAGCUGCCCAAGACCCUGACUGAGAUGUACAUCCACUUCCUGGUGGUUCAGACCAAAGUGAAGAAGGUCAAGUAUGAUGGAGGAGCUGCAACAGAUCCACACUGGAGUCCAGAGAGCAGGAAGAUGAUUGAGUCUCUGGGAAAACUGGCUUUUGAUCAGCUGCAGAAAGGAAACCUGAUCUUCUAUGAAUCAGACCUGACAGAGUGUGGCAUCGACAUCACAGCAGCCUCAGUGUACUCAGGAGUGUUCACCCAGAUCUUUAAAGAGGAGAGAGGGCUGUACCAGGACAAGGUGUUCUGCUUUGUCCAUCUGAGUGUUCAGGAGUUCCUGGCUGCUCUUCAUGUCCAUCUGACCUUCAUCAACUCUGGAGUCAGUUUGUUAGAUACAGAACAAGUAAUCUCCAAGCAAUCUAAACCAGAAACAAACAUGUAUAAAUCAUUCUACCAGCGAGCAGUAGAUGUCGGUCUAAACAGUCCAAAUGGACACCUGGACUUGUUCCUCCGGUUCCUCCUGGGACUUUCACUGCGGACCAAUCAGAGACUUCUGCAAGGUCUGCUGACACAGACAGGAAGUAGCUCACAGACCAAUCAGGAAACAGUUCAGUACAUCAAGGAAAAGAUCAGUGAGAACCCACCAGCAGAGAAAAGCAUCCACCUGUUCCACUGUCUGAAUGAACUGAAUGAUCGUUCUCUGGUCCAGGAGAUCCAACAGUCUCUGAGUUCAGGACGUCUGUCCACAGAUAAACUGUCUCCUGCUCAAUGGUCAGCGCUGGUCUUCCUCCUACUGUCAUCAGAAAAAGAUCUGGAUGAGUUUGACCUGAAAAAAUAUUCACCUUCAGAGGAGGCUCUUCUGAGGCUGCUGCCUGUGAUUAAAGCUGCUAAGAAAGCCCAACUGAGUGCCUGUAACCUCUCAGAUAGAAGCUGUGAAGCUCUGUCCUGGAUCCUUGGCUCCUGCACCUCCAACCUGAGAGAAUUAGACCUGAGUUCCAACAACGUGAAGGAUUCAGGAGUGAAGCUGCUGUGUGCUGGACUGAAAAGUCCAAACUGUGAACUGGAAACACUCAGUCUGUCAGGCUGUCUUAUCACAGCGGAAGGCUGUGCUUCUCUGGUAUCGGCUCUGACCUCCAGCUGCUUCCAUCUGAGAGAGCUGGACCUGAGCUACAACCAUCUGGGAGAGACAGGAGUCAAAAUGCUCUCUUCUGUUAAGGAAGAUCCAAAUGGGAAACUGGACACUCUCAGGUAUGAUUGGGAUGGAAGCAGCCCUGAAAAAAUGUCUCCCUGAGAAGGAAAAUCUGUAAAAAUGAGACUUGUCCUUCACUGGUCAUCUGAUUGGUGUUAAGUUUUUCAUAAAUAUGAUCCUGCCUUCCCUCGCAUUGAAACCUGCCUGCUGCAGUCAGAGCAAAGAGAAUAUCAGUCUGGCUUCAAGUCCACAUUACAAAUGAAU